AGCAGGCAGUCGAGCGACAGCUUCUACCGGGAUACGACAGCCUUAUACCCUCCCUUUCAAGCGCAAACGUACGAGUCAGUGACGAGCUUACAAAUUCCACCCAGUCGGCUUUUCAGCGACCAACACCGCCACCGGCUGCAUCCAUCCACCACUCAGCGAGCGCCCAGGCGCCCACCUCAUACUCAUGGCCAUGGCCGGUCUCCGCACCAUCAUCAUCCUAUCCUUCAUCCUCGCAAUAGGCUUCCUGCUAGUAAUCCUCUCCUCCGCCCUCUACAAGAACUUCCUUCCCCUCCUCGUCGUAGCCACUUAUGUUCUCGCGCCCAUCCCCAAUUGGAUCUGCGGCCGCUGGAGCACGAGCGAUGACUUCAUGGACAGUGGGAGUGGCGGGGGGGGCGUGGUGGAGUUGGGGAGGUUCUUUACGGGCUUCUUGGUUGUUAUGGGAGUUGCAUUACCGGUAGUACUGGCGCACUGCGAUCUGAUACGGAUAGAGGCAAUGGUGAUGAGCAUUAUCGGCGGGCUAUUGAUAUAUGGGACGAUCAUCAGUUUCGGCUUGUUCUUUCAUCAGGAAGAGGAGUUUUGAGAUGUUGCUAGCACUACUGCAAUCAGGGAUUCGGUGUAAUGAUGUGUACAGCAGUAUCAUAACCACAUCCAACCAAAUCGGAGACCAAUCACCACCGCUGUCGCUCUCUGCAGAAGAGCAUAACGGUGCUAUGCUAAGGUAUGCUGGUCAUC